GGAGGUAGCCAGGUCAGGGGUCAGGAGUGGAAGGCCCUCACAGGCCCGGGCCGGCGCGGGAGGGCUGUGUGAUGGCCUCGGAGCGCCCGGAGCCGGAGGUGGAAGAAGCUGGGCAGGUGUUCCUGCUAAUGAAAAAGGAUUAUCGAAUUUCCCGAAAUGUUCGCCUGGCUUGGUUCCUCAAUCAUCUGCAUCAAAAUGUGCAGGCCACUCCUCAGGAGAUGCUGCUUCAGUCUGAGCAGGAGUUGGAAGUCCUCAGUGUCCUACCCCCUGGGUGGCAGCCAGAAGAACCAGUGGUCCCAAGGCCAUUCCUCCUCGUACCUUCCACCCGGGUCACCUUCCUGGCUUGGCAGUAUCGCUUUGUCAUUGAGCUGGACCUUAGCCCAUCUACUGGCAUUGUGGAUGAUUCCACAGGGGAGAUCCUGUUUGAUGAAGUUUUCCACGCCCUGUCCCGCUGCCUAUGUGGGCUCCUUCGGCCCUUCCGAGUGCCUGGAUCUUGCAUCGACUUCCAGCCCGAGAUCUACGUAACUAUUCAGGCCUACUCCUCCAUCAUUGGCCUGCAGUCCCACCAGGUGCUGGUACAGGGCUGCCUCUUGGACCCUUCCCAGAGGGAGGUGUUCCUGCAGCAGGUGUAUGAGCAACUCUGUCUCUUUGAGGAUAAGGUGGCCACGAUGUUGCAGCAGCAGUAUGAUCCCCAGAGCCAGGCAGAAGACCAGUCUCCAGACUCGGGGGAGCCACUGGGCCGGAAGGUUGGAGUCUCCAUGGUGACAGCUGAUCUUGGGCUGGUCAGUAUGAUUCGUCAGGGCAUCUUGGCGCUGCAGUUACUACCCUCAAACUCUAGUGCAGGUAUAAUUGUGAUCACAGAUGGGGUGACCAGUGUCCCUGAUGUUGCUGUCUGUGAGACGCUGCUGAACCAGCUUCGCAGUGGCACCGUGGCUUGUUCCUUCGUGCAGGUGGGAGGAGUUUACUCUUAUGACUGCAGUUUUGGCCACGUGCCCAAUGUGGAACUGAUGAAGUUCAUCGCAAUGGCAACAUUUGGCUCGUACCUAUCCACUUGUCCUGAGCCUGAGCCAGGCAACCUGGGUCUGACUGUCUACCACCGGGCAUUUCUCCUCUACUCUUUCCUGCGCAGUGGUGAAGCACUGAACCCUGAAUAUUACUGUGGCUCUCAGCACCGGCUAUUUAAUGAGCACCUGGUCUCUGCGAGCAGUAACCCUGCCCUGGCCUUGCGCCGGAAGAAGCACACUGAGAAGGAGGUGCCAGCUGACUUGGUUAGCACUGUGUCUGUGCGGCUUCGAGAAGGCUACAGUGUUCGAGAGGUCACACUGGCCAAAGGAGGGUCCCAGCUGGAGGUGAAGCUGGUGUUGCUGUGGAAGCACAACAUGCGCAUUGAGUAUGUGGCUAUGGCACCCUGGCCCCUGGAGCCCGAGAGCCCAAGAGGGACACGAGUGGAAGUGACAAUGGAAGGCGGCUAUGACAUUUUGCAUGAUGUGUCCUGUGCACUAAGGCAACCCAUUCGCUCACUGUAUCGUACUCACGUUAUCCGACGUUUCUGGAACACACUGCAGAGCAUCAACCAGACAGACCAGAUGCUAGCCCACCUUCAGUCCUUCUCCUCCGUGCCUGAGCACUUCACGCUUCCUGACAGCACCAAGAGUGGAGUGCCACUCUUCUACAUCCCUCCUGGCUCCACCACCCCGGUGCUCUCCCUUCAACACAGUGGUUCCGACUCAUCCCAUGCCCAGUUUGCUGCCUACUGGAAGCCAGUGCUGUCCAUGGAUGCUAAUUCAUGGCAGCGCUGGCUGCACAUGCAUCGCCUGGUGCUAAUCCUGGAGCACGACACACCAGUCCCCAAGCACUUGCACACCCCGGGCAGCAAUGGGCGCUACAGCACCAUCCAGUGCAGGAUCUCCCACUCCUCACUGACCUCUCUGCUUCGGGACUGGAGCAGCUUCGUGCUAGUCGAAGGCUAUUCAUAUGUCAAGCUGCUCUCCAGUGCCCCAGACCAGCCCCCCUCCUCCUUCUACAUGGUCCGGAUCAUUUCCAAGGCUCCAUGCAUGGUUCUUCGCCUGGGUUUUCCCAUUGGCACACCAGCACAGGCCCGGCACAAGAUUGUGUCAGACUUGCAGGAAGAGAUCCUGCGCCUGCGUUUCCCCCAUCGGGUGCAAAGCAAGGAGCCAACACCCAAGGUGAAACGAAAAGGCCUGGGGGGCACUGGUGGGGGCAAUUCUCCCUCCAAGUCACCCCCCACACUGGGGCCACAGCAGGCCCUGUCCGACCGGCCCUGCCUUGUAGUCUUACAUAAGCCACUGGACAAACUUCUCAUCAGGUAUGAGAAGCUACCCCUGGACUACCGGGCACCCUUCUUGCUGACACUGGAGCCACCAGGGCCACUGCCCUUGGUGUCAGGCCGCUCAGCCUCUUCCAGCCUAGCAUCACUGUCCCGCUACCUUUACCAUCAGCGCUGGCUCUGGAGUGUCCCAUCAGGACUGGCCCCUGCACUGCCACUCAGUGCCAUCGCCCAGCUCCUCUCCAUCCUCACUGAAGUACGACUUUCUGAAGGGUUCCACUUCGCCUGCAGUGGAGAAGGAAUCAUCAACAUGGUCCUGGAGCUCCCAAUUCAGAAUGAACCUCCAGGGCAGGCUGCAGCUGAGGAGAAACACACGUGUGUCGUCCAGUAUAUCCUCUUCCCCCCACACUCUACCUCCACCAAAGACAGCUUCUCAACAGAUGAUGACAAUGAUGUGGAGGUGGAGGCCCUGGAGGGGGACUCAGAGCUCAAUCUGGUCACCGAGGUAUGGGUGGAGCCACAGUAUGGGCGAGUGGGACCUGGCCCUGGAAGCUGGAAGCACCUCCAGGAUUUGACAUACUCUGAGAUCCCUCAAGCUCUCCACCCACGGGAUGCUGCUUGCAUAGGCUCUAUGCUGAGCUUUGAAUACCUGAUACAGCUGUGCCAAAGCAAGGAAUGGGGUCCUCUGCCCCCAGAGCCUAGGGUCUCAGAUGGAUUGGACCAGGGAGAAGACACUUGUGUCCAUGAGAUUCCUUUCCAUUUUGACUUAAUGGGAUUGUUGCCACAGUGCCAGCAGCUCCAGAUGUUCUUCCUUUUGCUUUCCAGAGAGCCAGAGGGUGUCCCUCUCGCCGAGGGGCCCUGUCCCGCCAACGACAUGGUGCUGUGCCUGCUGCACAGCUGCCUGGGGCAGGAGCUGAGUGACCGAGAGAUCCCGCUGACCCCUGUUGACCAGGCUGCCUUCUUGAGUGAGGUGCUGCGGCGAACCUGCCACAGUCCAGGUGCAGAGGGGCCACCAAUGAGGAGCCAUGGAAUCCUGAAGGAUGAAGCAGUUGGCAGCGCCCAGGCCACUGGAGACUCAGCUUUUUUUACCCUGAGUGUAGGUUUUCCUGAAACUCUCAAGCCUCUCAUCUCUGCCCAGCCCCCUCAGUGGCGCUGCUAUGCAAGGCUUGUGACCCCCCAGCAUGUGUUUCUGACUUUUCUCCCAGCUACCUUCUCAGAUGUCCAGCAUCUAGCUGCCUAUAGCCUUGAGGAAUCCUCUCAAGAAGAGACGAAGCCUAAGUUUGGGGAUUGGAGUGGGGCCCCCAGUCUGAGAGAUCUGGGCGGAACUGGUAUCAGGGCUACGAGGUCCCAAGUCCCCAUCCUCAGUGUAACCCUAGCUGGUGACAAUGCCCAGAGUCAAGGAGAGCUGAGCCCACCCUUCCGACGGGACUUACAGGCUUACACUGGGCGUCAGGCUUCCCAGACAGAGGGUGCAGAUGGACCCCGGAGCCGGUGUCCUGUCUACAUCUACAGCUGUUCACUGGAAGCGCUAAGGGAGCUUAUGGUUGGCAUGCAGCCCCCUCAGGUGCCCCGAGACCUCAUCUUCCGGACUCAGUUCAUCAACCACCCCUCCCCAUCCUCAACCUGGAUGGAGCCCAGGUACAAGGAGGCAGCCAACCACUGUGCCUUGCUGCAGGAGCAUGCACAGCAAUGCUAUGUUCGUGGGCUUUUCCGGAGCUUGCAGCAAGCACAGAGUGUAACCUCCCAGGAUUUGCUGACAGCGGUAGAUGCCUGUGAGGAGCUACUGCAAGAAGUAGACAUCACCCCUUUUCUGCUUGCACUGUGUGGCCACACUUGGGGUUUGCCUCAUGCCCCACCAAGCCCUGGUCCUCUCAGCCCUGGGCCCUUCAGCAGCAGCAUCGAGGAGGGCCCCGAACCUCGGGAACGAGCUAUCCUAGCUUCUGAGUCCAGCAUAGAGACCGAGGACCUAAGUGAGCCUGAGUUUCAGAGCACCCGUGUUCCUGGCAAUCCAGACCCUGGCCCGGAGAUCUCUCUAACAGACGUCUGCCAGCUCAAAGGAGAGGCACAUGAUGCCCUUCAUAGCCUCAUCCAGGAGAAGUUCCUGGAGAUCAGUCGUCUCCACUUCCGCACAGUGCCCUCCAAUCCUCACUACUUCUUCUAUUGCCCUCCAUCAAGCAGGCGAGAAGAUGAAGGUCCUCGGGACAUGGUAGACAGAAAAGUCAGUGACCUGGAGUUUUCAGAGGCUGAGCUCAUAGGUGAAGAAGGAGACACAUCUGCUUGCUGUGUGGUCACUGAGAGUGACCCAGAGCUGGAGGUGGAAUACCGUGAGAGCCGUGAACCAGACCUGGGGCCUGCUGGACUGGACUCCGCCUCGCUGUCAGAUGCAGACACUGUAAAUCCUGAUGAAGACUCCUUCAGUAUCUUGGGGGGUGACUCACCCACUGGGCCUGAGAGCCUCAUGCAUGACCUGCCACCACUUUUUCUGCACCUCACGUGUUCUGUGCGACUGCGUGGGCAGCACAGCUCAGUACCUGUGUACAGCCUGCCUACCUGUUUGGGCCAGGUGCUGUCCAGUCUGGAGGGGCCUCCCAUUGGAGGCCGAGUUCCCCUGAGGGACCUCAGUGUCACUUUGGAUGUCUUUGUGCUGACCUUGCCCCUGGAAGUGGAGCUCCCCACGGCCUCCGACCCUCAACACCACCGGUCAACAUCUGAGAGCAGUGCUUCAUUCCCACGAUCCCCAGGGCAACCAUCAUCUUUAAGGUCAGAUGAUGGCCUGGGGCCCCCACUGCCACCCCAAGAAGAAGAGAGGCAUCCAGGACUAUCCAAUUUGGCCACACCCCACAGACUGGCUAUUGAGACCACUAUGAGUGAGAUCCGCUGGCUGUUGGAAGAUGAGAUGGUGGGUGCUCUCCGAAAAGGGGGCCUCCCCCAGAGCCCUGCCCUGCACCGUGCAGCUGCCCACAUUCAUAGCUCUCCUGGACGCUCCACCUGCCUUCGCCAAACGCUGCCACUGAGUUUUGUGUUUGGGCCAGAGCGUUCCCUCACACAAUUCAAGGAGGAGUUCCGCUGUCUCCACGUCCCUGGCCAUGUUCUUCUUGAGGACCUUGACAGUGGCUUCUUCUUUGUGGCAGCUGGUCAACAGCCAGGUGGGUUCCAUGGGGAGCCUUCGUCAGCGGCCUGGGCUUGGCACAGCCAUGAGGACAGGGCUGAAGGCAUCGAAGGGGAGGCCCUCACAGCCAGCCCCCAAGCCCCUGGAUCCCCAGAGGAUUCUGAGGGUAUCCCUCUCAUCAGCCUGCCACAGGGAGGGAGUCAGCCAGGGCCCAACCGGGGACUAAGCCUCAUGUCAAGUCAGGGCAGUGUGGAUUCAGACCACCUAGGUUAUGAUGGCGGCAGCAGUGGCUCAGACAGUGAAGGUCCCAAUGAGACCCUCAGUGAGAAGACCCCCUUCACACUGCGGAUGCCACCUGGACCAGCACCUCCACAGCCUUCACUCUCAGGCCUCCCUGGGCCCUGCCUGCCUGACUUCUGGCUCAUUGUCCGGGUACUGCAGGACCGUGUAGAAGUAUAUGCACAUGCACGGAGCCUGAUUCGGGAGGAUGGAGGACCAGGCACCGAGUGUCGCCACCUGCAGCAGCUCCUGGUGAGGCGAGUUGGAGAGAUCUGCAGGGAGGUCAACCAGCGACUGCUUCUUCAGGACCUUCAUGACAGUCACGUGUGUAACUCUCUUCUGGUGGCUGAGAGUGAAGAAGAUCUGUGGCGCAGUGAGACCCCCUUCCAUUCCCGUCAGCGGGCACCACUGCCCAGUGAUGCAACCAGCAUUCCAUUCCAGAGUCUGCAUAGAAACUGCAGCCUCCUGGAUAGCCUGGAUGCUGUUCAUACUGACAGCAACUUCUCUGGGAAACCAGACUGGCACUUCAACCUACUGGAAG